AUGUCACCCUCAUUGCCGUCUAUACAGGAAGCUGAAGCUAAUCUCCAGACGCGUCCAGCGCAGCCACCGCGUGAUGAGGUAUCCGGUUCUGGCCUGAUGUUAUAUCCACGGUCGGCCGUUGGAUGGAACUCUGCAGAGGAUGGCUCGAUUCAUUCAAUAUUACGUGAUAACUGCCGGAAGCGUCUCUACGUGAAACCAAUAGCCUGGACGUCGGACCAUCUACAACUUUUAAGGUGUAGGUUCAACUACCGGCCGGCGCGUUCGUGGCCUAAAGAGGAACGAAGCAAACGCCAGCCAUUGGAGCCGUCUCAUGCUCAAAAGAAUGUGGAACAGCAGGCUGAGCGGAGGACUCACGAGUCUCAGCGGCUCCGAUACGCAAAUAAUUUGAAGGUCUUGCUGGCAUAUCCAAGCUUACUCGGAGGCAAGCAGUCUGCGAUUGAGGAGAUCCUUGAGGCCUACGACAUACACCCCCAAAGAUUGGACUUCCUGUCCUUCGACUUCAACCGACGACAUGCUGCACACCUUGCAACAGAUGGCAUUUUCUCGUCUAGCGCGGCUCCUUCAAGCGUUGCUUUUAUCACUUUCGACACGAUCCAGUCGCUACGCACCAACCACGUUCAACCUCACAAGUCAAAGAGUGUACCCGUCCUCCGCCAAAGACGGAAACGUUUGCAGCUUCUGGGGCCUCCCAAUCCAACAGAGGACCCAUACGUCAUAGCCGUCCUAAUUGCCCUGGCUCAAAACCAGAGGCGAGAACAACAGGAACACAAGCAGCAAAAAGAAAAAGGUAUGGAACAGGGAGCUCCAGGCGCAGCUCGGUCAUUCAAGGUCCACGUCCUUGCCGUCACAUGCGCAUCGGCAAUGUACCUCUACGUCUACACCGCCAACAUCCCCGUGGAAUUCCUCGAUAAGUUCGACGAACCGUACAUGUAG